GUAGCAUGGCGCUGGUUGGCUCCUUUUCCCAAUCUCUUCUUGGGUUUGACACCUCUCAUUACAUACUUAUCUGCACGUGAAGCAGCCAACACUGCACAGCAUAUUCCUCUUGACAGACUUUUGUUAGAGACUGAUGCACCUUACUUUGUUCCGAGAACUUCAGUGAAGGUAAUUAACUGA